CCACUUUUUCUAACCAGCCUUCUGUAAAACAUUAAAUUAAGAUAUCAGAUUCUCUGCUUUCAUUUGGUCGCCAUUACCUCCAACGCUGAACAUAAUGGUGACCCCUAGUUUAAAUCGCGGUUAAUCUCAGUACUUUAAAGCGAAUCGCUAGUAAAUUUAGUAAAAUUUGCGAGCCGGUACGUCGAGGAAUCGCCGCGUAUCCUGAUUUAGGCCGGGAGAGCAACGUUACCACGUAGGCAGCAACCGCGUGGGGCUCCGCCGACCUGAAGAAGCUGAAGAGGUGACUAGGAGGCGACCACACCACUCGAUCGAGCGGCCUGAGCCAACGCGACAGGCGCCGACCGAGCCACCAAAGCGGGACCACGUGCGUGGCACCGCAGCCGCAGCAGGGAACGGCUACCGCAAGUACCAAAGGGACCACGUGGGUGGUACCACACCAGAGGCAGAAGGAGCGCCCAAGCGAGGGCAAUCACCAAGCUACGCCACGCGCACGAGCAUCAAUCGAGAAGGCAAGUGAGCUGGCAUUCCCUAACCUAUCUACCAAAUCUCCCUACCAAAUUUAAUUGUAAUCGAUUUAUUUCCUACAAAUUGUAAAUUGUAAUCGUUCUUAAUCAUGUUAGAAACUUCCAAAAGCACUCUAGAAGAGUUAGAAAUUAGGCAGUUAAAAAAUAGACGAGGUGUCUGUAAGCGAAAAUUAACUGUAUUUAAUAAAUUUAUAGAAAGAAUCGACUCAAGUGCAUUGACGGCCGAAAUAAUUGUAGACAUAAGCUUAAGACUAGAACAAUUACCAAAGUUAUACAAUGAUUUCUCUGAGAUACAGGACCGGAUCGAGACACUGUGCAGCGACGAAGGGGACAUCGAAGCCCACGAGGCCGAGCGUAUGUCAUUUGAGGACACAUUUUACCGACUUAGCGCUAAGGGCAAGCUGCUGGCGAAGGUAGAUACCGAUUCAACACCAAAUGACCAUAGUCCGCAAGCCCCGCCGCAGCAACCCCUCGGAUUUCAAAACCUUCCUAAAGAACCGAGCUGACCGGCUGGAAGCGACCAGCCCAGCAGUACCAUCGGACGCACCCAGCACUUCCAAGAAGGCCAUGGUAACCACGUCCGAACCUAUCAAGCAGCUGCAGAGGCCAUAGCGAACCAGUUCUACAUGGACGAUUUUAUCGCCGGCGGCGACGACGAGAAUCAGGUAGCUGAAACUGCAUCACAGGUGAACGAGAUCCUGCGGGGAGCCAACUUCACGCUGCGGAAAUGGAAGUCCAAUUCCGAAGUCAUCAUAAAACGGGUGAGCGAAACACACACACACCAAAACACACACACAACCGAAUUUGGAGAUAAAACACAUAAGGUCCUGGGUUUAGCGUGGUCUAGUGACUCAGAUGAGCUUAUGUAUACCAUUAAAGAAAACCAAAUUUCACACCCAAUCACCAAAAGAAAGGUACUAGGGGUAAUUUCGUCCAUUUUCGACCCCCUAGGCUUGACGGGACCAGUAAUUGUAGUAGCCAAAAUAUUUAUUCAAAAAUUAUUUAAGGCUCAAUUAGAUUGGGAUACCGAAUUAACACAAGACUUGAUCCAAGAAUGGAACACAUUCUAUCGAGACUUGUUUUUAUUAAACCAAUUGAAAAUUUCGAGAUGUACAGUCAUACCCAAUUAUGUAACGAUACAAAUUCAUGGGUUCUGUGACAGUAGUAUUAAAGCCUAUGGCGCUGCCAUCUAUAUACGAUCAAGCGAUAGAGUAGGAAACGUACAAGUUCACCUACUUUACUCAAAAUCAAAAAUAAGUCCAAUACAACCCCAAACUAUUCCAAAUUUGGAACUUUGUUCCAGUUUACUGCUCGCGACACAUGUCGACAAAAUAAAACGAGCAUUAAAAUGUGACGUUUCCGGAAUCAACCUGUGGUCAGAUUCAAAAAUAACAUUAUGUUGGAUAAAAAAUAGUAACCCUAAAUUAACUUGUUUUGUUAGUAACAGAGUCACAAAAGUAUUAUCACUUACAAACAAGCACGAGUGGUCAUGGGUCCGCUCGGAGGAUAACCCCGCCGACCUUUUGUCCCGAGGGGUAGCACCAGGCAAGCUGGAAACCAACCAGUUAUGGUGGUCUGGGCCGGCGUGGUUGACCCAAAGUCCGGACACAUGGCCGACCCACGAUUCUGAGUCACUAAAUCAUGCACCCGAGGCCGAGAGCGACGUAAACAUAACUCUCACCUUGGCUAUUAGCACAGAAUCUAACGACACGAUACAAUAUCUUUUCCACAGGUGGUCAAGCGAUAAAACACUUAUUCAUGUAUUAGCAUACAUACUUCGAUUUAUAUAUAAUACAAAAAAUAAAACUCGAACAAUUAAUCCAAAUAAUAAAUUAUCAGGACCAUUGUCCGUAGAAGAAUUAAAAAAAUCGGAUCACGCAUUAAUUAGACACGCACAAAUGGAAUCAUUCCCACACGAAUAUAAAUUAUUGCAAAACAAUAAACCGGUUCUUAACAAAUCAAAAAUAUUAUCUUUACACCCAUUCAUGAAGGACGGACUCGUUCGCGUAGGCGGACGAAUCGGUCUUUCGCAUUAUGCAUAUGAAAAAAAACAUCCUUUAAUAUUAAGUCACGAGCACGCGCUUACCAAACUACUGAUGGCAAACGCACAUAUACGUACUCUGCACGCUGGCCCUCAGUUAUUACUUUCAACUAUUCGCGAGCGCAUCUGGCCAACAAAAGGUAGGAUGUUAGCCUCGAAAAUUGUAAAUAAAUGCGUUCCGUGUUUUAGAGCAAAUCCAAAGACUACUAACCCUAUAAUGGGAAACUUACCCCCCUCAAGGGUAAAUCCUUCCCCCCCCUUUGCUAUCACGGGUAUCGAUUAUGGAGGACCUUAUAACAUUAGAGAUAGGACAGGGCGUGGUUACAAGGUCUCUAAGUGCUAUAUAGCAGUGUUUAUUUGUUUUGCAACAAAGGCAAUUCAUCUCGAAUUAAUUACAGGGCUCGAGUCAGCCAAUUUCCUGGCGGCGCUGCGACGAUUCAUCGCCAGGAGAGGUAAACCGAAGGAGUUGGUGAGUGACAAUUCAACAACCUUUCAUGGGGCUAGUAACGAGCUAAAAGAUUUACAAAAAUACCUACAGGACAGCUCGAGCGAGCUAGUAUCUCAUUGCGCAGACGAGGGCAUAAAAUGGAGUUUUAUUCCUGUCUAUACACCUCAUAUGGGGUCCCUAUGGGAAUCUAGUAUAAAACUUACCAAAUAUCAUUUAAAAAGAGUGUUAGGGUUAUCUUUGUUAACUUACGAACAAUUUGUAUCAAUCCUAUAUCAGGUAGAAUCUAUGGUAAAUUCUAGGCCACUAUGUCCCUUACCUAGUUCAAAUCCUGACUAUCCUGUCCUUACGCCAGCUCACUUUUUAAUUGGAAAAGCACCAAAUUCACUUCCGGACGAAGAUUAUAACCAUGUACCAAAGAACCGAUUAACUCACUAUCAACUUUUGCAACAAAUCACGCAGGACUUCUGGCGGCGCUGGUCACGUGACUACAUCGGAACGCUGCAGGAACGCACGAAGUGGAGGAGCGCGCGCGGCCCAAGCCUCGCAGUCGACACCGUCGUCCUGGUACGAGACGAGCGUCUGCCGCCCUGCCGGUGGAGGCUGGGCAAGAUCGUCGCGACGCAGCCGGGCCGGGAUGGCGUCACCAGGGUGGCCGUCAUCCGAACCGCCAGAGGGGACAUCCAACGCGCGUUCAAUAACAUUUGUCCAUUACCUACUUCGGGUGAAGUCAUAUAAGUAGUAAAUACCUACCAACAGUACCAACCUAAUGUAAAGUUCAAAUAAUUAUAACUAAGUGUCAAAUAAGUAUAAUUAAGUACCUAAAUUACCUUACUUACCUAGUACCUAUGUACAUAAUUAGAAUACCUACUCCCUAUUUAAAAUAAAAAUCAUUUCCUA